AUGGCGGCUCCCAUAAUAGAAACAUGUCAUGUCGCAUGUUGUGCAAAUCGAACCCCAAAUGUUCUUUCAUGGGGUCGUGGGGGACUCAUUGCAUAUGGAACAUGCAAUUCUGUCGCUCUCUAUGACCCACAGGUUAUAUAUCUCUUUCACAAUUUAAAUGUAUUCGUGUCGUUGCAGUUGCAGCAUAGGCUAGCUAGCUACAUCAUCAGUUUUGUCAUUUUUGACCAUUCACGUUAAUCAGCUUUAUUUUGAAUUGUGCUUGGGGUCCAUAGGUUAAGGUAUAUUUGCUGUGACAGUCAGCUUUACUCUUUACAUACCAUUCUACAGGAGAAAGGUGUUGUUGCUAUCCUGAAUGGACAUACCGGGAGGGUGAACACAGUCCAGUGGGUCCACAGAGAGGACUGUGGUGAGUAGCUAGCUACCUGCAUGCUUUGGUAUGCUGAUAAUAUGCUUUAUAUGCUUCAUCCAAUGUUUUGAUAUGCUGAUACUAUCCUUUCAUAUGCUGAUAAUAUGCUUUAUCCAAUGUUUUUGAUAUGCUGAUAAUAUGUUUGAUAUGCUUCAUCCAAUGCUUUGAUAUUAUGAUAAUAUGCUUUAUGUUUCAUCCAAUGCUUUGAUAUGCUGAUAAUAUGCUUUAUAUGCUUCAUCCAAUGUUUUGAUAUGCUGAUAAUAUGCUUGAUAUGCAUCAUCCAAUGCUUUGAUAUGAUGAUAAUCUACUUUGUUUCAUCCAAUGCUUUGAUAUGAUGAUAAUAUGCUUCAUGUUUCAUCCAAUGCUUUGAUAUGCUGAUAAUAUGCUUUAUAUGAUUUAUCCAAUGAUUUAUGUUUCAUCCAAUGCUUUGAAAGACUGUUUCUGACAGUUGGUUCUUCCUCCCUGAUGUCUGCUACAGGUAGAGAAACUCACCUGGUGUCAGGAGCGUCUGACAGUCUACUGAUUGUGUGGGAGGUCCAAGAUGGGAAGGUGUGUUAAUGCCACUAGAAGCAGGAAUAGGCCUCAUACCAUACGUUAAUGAUCUGUAUUGACACUUCUGUGUACAUUUGACACAUUAUCAAAACACAGCAAUAGUUUCACUUAUAUUGAUCUCUUCUAAGGCAUAUGUUUUGUGUUUGUGCUCCCCUGCCCCAGUUUAACCACUGUGUUGAGUGUGUUGGACAUACUGGACCAGUGUGUGCUGUGGAUGCCAUCCACCUGGACAACAGUAAGCUACUCAUCGCCUCCACAGCCUCCGACUCCACUGUCAAACUAUGGCUCUACACUGGGAGUAAAGGUAAGGGAAGCUUUUUUUGUCCCAACAAUAGACUAGUGUCCUGUCCAGGGGGUGUACUUGUACAUCAAGCUGCCUCACGCGACAGAAACAGGAGAUGGAAACUAGCUCGGACAAGGCUACUUUACUUGAUGCUUUUUUUAUGACAUGGAACAGGUAAAGGAACUCUUUAGGAGAGUCAGAUUGGGUAAGGCAAUCAGAUCAGUGAUAUUGGCCUUUGGACUCAUGGGCUGCGUCCCAAAUGGUACCCUGUUACCUAUGUAGUGCACUACUUUUGAUCAGGGCUCAUGGGCCGCCCAGCCAUUUUCAUUUGUAUUUUGUUACCUCAGUAGUACUCUCAACUACCCUGUCUCUACAUGAUUAGGCUACACAAACCCCAAUGUUAGCCAAAAGUCUGCUUAUUUUUAUGUAAGACAGAGCGAAGUGAGGUGGUGUAGGGUGAAGUUGCCCCUAGACGCUGAUCGUUGGUCAGUUUUAAAAUAAAACAUGUAUUUGUCACAUGCUUAAUAAACAACAGGUGUAGACUAACAGUGAAAUACUUACUUACAGGUCCUUUUCCAACAAUGCAGAGUUAAAGACAAACAUUAAAAACAUUUAAAUAGUGACAUGAGGAGUAAAUACACAGUGAAUAACAAAUAACAAUAACGAGUAAAAAUAACAUGGCUGUAUACAGGAAGUACCAAUACUGAGUUGAUGUGCAGGGGUACGAGAUAAUUGAGGUAGCUAUGUACAGUGCAUUCGGAAAGUAUUCAGACCCCUUGACUUUUUCCACAUUUUGUUACGUUACAGCCUUAUUUUAAAUUGAUUAAAUAAAACAUUUUCUUCAUCAAGCUACACACAAUACCCAAUAAUGACAAAGCAAAACAGGUUUUUAGAUUUUUUUGCAGAUUUAUAAAAAAUAGAAACACCUUAUUUACAUAACUAUUCAGAUCCUUUGCUAUGAGACUCAAAAUUGAGCUCAGGUGCAUCCUGUUUCAAUUGAUCAUCCUUGAGAUGUUUCGUCAACUUGAUUGGAGUCCACCUGUGGUAAAUUCAGUUGAUUGGAUAUGAUUUGGAAAAACACACACCUGUCUAUAUAAGGUCCCACAGUUGACAGUGCAUGUCAGAGCAAAAACCAAGCCAUGAGGUCGAAGGAAUUGUCCGUAGAGCUCCGAGACAGGAUUGUGUCGAGGCACAGAUCUGGGGAAGGGUACCAAAAAAUGUCUGCAGUAUUGAAGGUCCCCAAGAACAUAGUGGCCUCCAUCAUUCUUAAAUGGAAGAAGUUUGGAACCACCAAGACCCUUCCUAGAGCUGGCCACCCGGCCAAACUGAGCAAUUGGGGGAGAAGGGCCUUGGUCAGGGAGAUGACUAAGAACCCGAUGGUCACUCUGACAGAGCUCCAGAGUUCCUCUGUGGAGAUGGGAGAACCUUCCAGAAGGACAACCAUCUCUGCAGCACCACCAAUCAGGCCUUUAUGCUAGAGUGGCCAGACCGAAGCCGAUCCUCAGUAAAAGGAACAUGACAGUCCGCUUGGAGUUGGCCAAAAGGCACCUAAAGACUCUCAGAUCAUGAGAAAGAAGAUUCUCUGAUCUGAUGAAACCAAGAUUGAACUCUUUGGCCUGAAUGCCAAGCAUCACGUCUGGAGGAAACCUGGCACCAUCCCUACGGUGAAGCAUGGUGGUGGCAGCAUCAUGCUGUGGGGAUGUUUUUCAGUGGCAGAGAUUGAGAGACUAGUCAGGAUCGAGGGAAAGAUGAACGGAGCAAAGUACAGAAGAUCCUUGAUGAAAACCUGCUUCAGAGCGCUCAGGACCUCAGACUGGUGCGAACCUACACCAUCCUACAGUUCAACGACCCUAAGCACACAGCCAAGACAACACUGGAGUGGCUUCAGGACAAGUCUCAAUGUCCUUGAGUGGCCCAGCCAGAGCCCGGACUUAAACCCAAUCAAUUAUUAAUUUUUUUGUCAUUUAGCAGACGCGCAUAUCCAGAGAGACUUACAGUUAGUGAGUGCAUACAUUUUUCAUACUGGCCCCCUGUGGGAAAUGAACCCACAACCCUGGCGUUGCAAGUGCCAUGCUCUACCAACUGAGCUAUAUGGGACUAGUGUCCUGGAGAGACCUGAAAAUAGCUGUGCAGCAACACUGACAGAGCUUGAGAGGGUCUGCAGAGAGGAAUGGGAGAAACUCCCCAAAUACAGGUGUGCCAAGCUUGUAGUGUCAUUCCCAAGAAGACGCUAGGCUGUAAUCACUGCCAAAGGUGCGUCAACAAAGUACGUAUGUAAAUGUGUAUAUUUCAGAUAUGUAUUUUUUUUAUACAUUUGCAAAAAUGUCUAAACCUGUUUUUGCUUUGUCAUUAUGGGGUGUUGUGUGUAGAUUGAUGAGGGAAAAAGUCAAGGGAUCUGAAUACUUUCCGAAUGCACUGUACAUAUAGGUAGGGGUAAAGUGACCAGGCAACAGGAUAGAUAAUAGACUGAGCUGUAGAAGCAUGUGGUGUGUGUGGCGUGAUUGUGUGCUAUUUAUUUGUGUGCGCAUAAUGUGUGUGUGUGUGUGUGUGUGUGUGUGUUGGUAUCAGUUCAAGUAUGUGUGGGGGUGGAGUCCAGUGUAUGCAUAGUCAGGUGCAAUAGAGUUAGGGUAGCCAUUUGAUUAGGUAUUUAGCAGUCUUAAGGCUUGGGGGUAGAAACUGUUCAGGGUCCUGUUGGUUUCAGACUUGGUGCACUGGUACCGCUUGCCGUGCGGUAGCAGAGAGAACAGUCUGUGGUUUGGGUGGCUGGAGUCUUUGACCAUUUUUUUGGGCCAUCCUCUGACACCGCCUGGUACAGAGGUCCUGGAUGGCAGGGGAGCUUGGGUUCAGUGAUGUACUGGGCUGUACUCACCACCCUCUGACACCGCCUGGUACAGAGGUCCUGGAUGGCAGGGGAGCUUGGGUCCAGUGAUGUACUGGGCUGUACUCACCACCCUCUGACACCGCCUGGUACAGAGGUCCUGGAUGGCAGGGGAGCUUGGGUUCAGUGAUGUACUGGGCUGUACUCACCACCCUCUGACACCGCCUGGUACAGAGGUCCUGGAUGGCAGGGGAGCUUGGGUUCAGUGAUGUACUGGGCUGUACUCACCACCCUCUGUAGCGCCUUGCGGUCGGUUGCCUUGCAGUUGCCAUACCAAGCGGUGAUGCAGCCAGUCAAGAUGCCAAAUCUUUUCAGCCUCCUGAGGGGGAAGAGGUGCUGUCAUGCCCUCUUCAUGACUGUGUUGGUGUGUGUGGACCAUUUUAAUUCCUUAGUGAUGUGGACAGCGAGGAACUUGGAAGAUCUCAACCCGCUCCACUACAGCUCCAUCGAUGUGGAUGGAUAUGUGGAUUAGGGGUGGGAAUUGCCAGGGAACUCACGAUAUUAUCACGAUACUUGUCGAUUCAAUACUGUGAUUUUAUUGCGAUUCGAUGUUCCAAACAUAUUGCUUACCAUACGUCUGCUGCAGGGGAACAAGAUAAAUAAAAGUGCAAAAAACAAAUUGGCCCCCUAUUUUAAAAGAAGAUGGAGAACAAGCUAUGAAGGAAAAAUAUUGUAGUUUUGGUGCAGGUACAGCCAAGUACUGCAAAAAUGAUAUUGCAACAUUGUCAAAGCGAUACGACACAAUUUAUUGUCAAAAAUAAUUUCCAGAUAUGUAACCCUUUGACAAAUGUCCCUGCAGCUAGCGUCAAUAGAACUAGCCUAGCUAUUAGCCAUCUUACCUCUCUAGGAUGAGUUAAUGUAAGUUAAUGAAAUAAUCUCGGAGCAGUUGAUUUAUGGAGCCCAAUGAUUUUUCAAAAUUUUUAUGCCCUAUUAUAAAGGCUCAUUUGUAUUUAUUUAUUCUUCCUCUCUCUCUCCCUGAAGCGGAGUGCACCCAUACCAUAUCCUUUGGGAGCGGAUUCAUGAUGGAUGUCUCGCUAGCGUGGUUGCCAGGCAGCAGAGGUAAGCUGUUUCCACAGCAGCGGUUGCUGACGGUUGCCAGUGAACCCCCUCUACACCUCAGAUCAUCUUGAAGUGUUCCGCGUGUCAUGUCUACUCCCCUUUCACAUGCCUGUUCUCUGUUUGAUGCUUUGUCCUCCCCCCCCCUCCACUCAAUCUGUCUUAAAAACACGAGGCAGAUGCAAAUGUGUUAUCAUGUGGCCUGACUUCAGCAAGCGUGGCAGGACUAACACGAUGCACUCAUUGCAGUUCCCAUACUUGCCUGCGGGGGCGACGAUUGCAGAAUCCAUUUGUAUGCGCAGUGCAAUGGACAGGUAAGCUCAAGUAGCUGACUGUAUGGGCCAACAAAUAAAGGUAAUGUCGUGUUAACAUGAAUACAUUGAAUAUGUUGGGUUUACGAUGUGUAAACAUAUUUUUUGACAUUGAUGCUGACCUUCUUUUCCUGUGUCUCUGACAGUUCAGGAAAGUCCUCUCCUUGCAAGGGCAUGAGGAUUGGAUCCGUGGUGUGGAGUGGGCCUGUGUAGGUGAGGACCACACCAGUGUUUUAACCAUUUGUUUCUUCAUUGCCUUGUUUUAUCUGGCGUGACUUGUGUAGUUCAUACAUAAAUCUGUCAAAUAAUCAGAGAUGGUAUGAGAAAAUGAGUUUCUGGUAUAAUCUGUAUAUCCUGCUGGCUAGUUGUGGUUGUGUAACCCACUCCAGAGGUACUCCAGCAGUGCUCUGUUAAGGGCUACAUCACAAAUGGCACCCUAUGCUUGGCCCUGGUCAAAAGUAGUGCACUAUUCAGGGCAUAGGGUGCCAUUUGUGAUGCACACCAGGGUUUGUAAAAGCUAUUUCAUCUCCUUCACCGACCCUCGUCACUGGACUCAUCCCACUCAGUUGAUGACUUACUCCAAGCUGGUCGGCCAGUAGUGUCAGAGAGAGGCUGCGUCCCAAAUGGCACCCUUUUCCCUAUAUAGUGCACUACUUUUUGACUGGUCAAAAGUAGUGCACUCUAUAGGGAAUAUGGUGCCAUUUGGGAUGCAGUCAGAGAUUCAUUUAUAUGCACCAGCCCCACAGGCAUUGCAAAAUCACUCUCCAGUCUCUCUCCACUAUAAAAGGGUAAAAGAAAAAUGAAAAUUCAUCAUUUUAUGACUGGGAUGUCUGUUUAAUUAGAUUUUACUUUUGUAGACGGACGUCUUUCCAUAAUGCAUGAAACGGCUGCAGCAUGGCCCAGUCAAUGCUUUAGUUGUGCCCCUCGCUCUCAGAUAUACUGUACCCUUCAAGCAGCUAUCUCCACAGCCCUGUCUUUGAGAUCAGUCUUUUUAAUUACAACCCUCGUAAGGACAUGGUUCAACCGAGGUUUUGACAGUCUGUGGUGACUAAAGGUCCCCUCUUGUCACAGGAGUAGGGGUGUUAACCCUGGUGUCCUGGCUUAAGUCCCAACCCGGCCCCCUCAUACUACCAUGGCCACCUAAUCACCCCCUUUCUUUCAACCUCUCUCUCUUCCCCAGGUAGUCGUAGUUGGAAAAAUUGUAUUCUCAGCCGUCUUACCUAGAGUGCAUCUGAAAUGGCACCCUAUUCCCUCUAUAAAGCCCUCCUAUUGCUCAGAGGAUAUAGGGAAUAGAUCAAAUGAAGUGACAAUAACGAGUCUCCAUCGGGUCUCCCUUGUCAAAGAUGUCUUCUGACCUCAACGGGACUUCCUGAAAUAAAUAAAGGUUAAAUAAAAAUCAACUAAUGUCUACCUCCAUGCUGGACAGAUGGGGAUCUGUUACUGGCCAGCUGUGCUCAGGACUGUCUGAUCAGGGUGUGGAGGCUGGUUGCCAAGUCUGGGCCAGAGAGAAACACGCAGGAUGAACGCACCAUUAGGAUGACUGAAGAUGUCUUUACACUGACAGAAAACGGUGAGCGGACAUUCAUUAUCAGGUUUCGUUAGAAAAAUGUGUUCAUUAGAAUUAUUUCAUUAUAAAAAAUGCAUGAUUAAAUCAAAACAUCAGGUUUGAGUCACUUUCACAGGACAAUGAAUGUCUGUCUAGCAAGAAGAAUCAAGAAUCACAUGAUCAUUAAUGUGAAUGUCAUCAUUGUCAGUGUUCAUUGGAUUGAUGCCUUACUAUUUAAAUGUAGUAUUAUUAUUUUAAUCAGGGGGCAUUUGGAUUGUUCAAUCCCUGGCAACAACCGUACAAUUCUAAAACAUGCCUUUUAACUGAAUAAGUUAUCACACAAAUGUGGAUGGAGUUUGUGAUUGUACAAUCAUACCGUUGUACUUUAGAUUAAUGUAUGCAUGUUGUCUUUUUGCCCCAGAUGCCUCCUCAGCGUUUGCAGUGACGCUAGAGUCAGUCCUGGCCGGCCACGAGAACAAGGUCUAUGGAGUCCACUGGCAGCCCCCUGUCAUCAAA